GGGAGAGAGGCAGCAGAAGCGGCGGCGGCGGCAGCAGCAGGAGCCCCUGACGUGGCCGCGGCCAGAUCCCUGAGGGUUUGAAAGCAACCACAAUGAACAAGUUCCUGUGCUGCACACUUGUGCUGUUGGACAUAUCUGUGAAAUGGACUGUCCAGGAGGACCUUCCCCCAAAGUACCUCCAUUACAACUCGGAAACCUCCCGUCAGAUAUUGUGUGACCAGUGUCCCCCCGGAACAUAUGUCGAGAAGCAUUGCACGGCUUCGUCAAAGACCGAGUGUGCCCCUUGCCCAAGUCAGUUCUACGCAGACGAAUGGAACAACAACGAUGAGUGCCAGUACUGCAACGUGAUGUGCAAGGAGCUGCAAUACGAGAAAGUCGAAUGCAGCAGCACCCAGAACCGUGUUUGCGAGUGCAUCGAAGGGCGGUACCUCGAACUGGAAUUCUGCUUGAAGCACACAGCAUGUCCGCCGGGAUAUGGUGUUGCUGAGAAAGGUACCCCUGAAAGUGACACGGUUUGCAAGAGAUGCCCAGAAGGCUAUUUCUCCAAUGAAACGUCAUCCAAGGAAGCUUGUCAAAAGCACACCAACUGCAGCGCGCUGGGUCUCAAAAUGGUGCGCAAGGGAGACGCCACGCGUGACAAUGUUUGCCAGGGAGAAAAAAGCGACAGAUCAGAUCAGAAGUGUGGAAUCGAUGUGACCUUAUGUGAGGAAGCAUUCUUCAGGUUUGCCGUUCCAACCAAACUCACGCCCAACUGGCUGAACAUGCUAAGGGAUAGUCUGCCAGGUAUAAAGGUCAACACAGAAACUACAGAAAGGCUCAAACAAAGGCACAGUCCUCAGGAACAGACCUUUCAGUUACUGAAAUUAUGGAAGGAGCAGAACAAUGGCCACAUUGCGGUCAAGAACAUUAAGCAAGGCAUUGACCACUGCGAAAACAGUGUCUCAAAACACAUUGGCCACCUCAACAUCACCUUUGAGCAGCUCAGCAUCCUGAUGGAAAAUUUGCCAGGGAAGAAAGUGGGGAAGGAAGAAGUCGACCGCAUUCUGAGGCUGUGCAAAUCUUCCGAGCCGAUUCUCAAGCUUCUCAGCUUGUGGAGAGUAAAAAAUAGAGACCAAGACACCAUCAAGGGCUUGACGUAUGCGCUGAAGCAUUUGAAAACAUACCAUUUCCCCAAGACGACGAUCCAAGGCCUCCGGAAGGUGGUCAAGUUCCUCCACAGCCUCUCGAUGUACAAAUUAUACCAGAAGCUUUUCUUAGAAAUGCUCGGAAACCAGAUCCAUUUGGUGAAAGUGAGGCGCGCAUAGUUUUAGCUAUCCAAUAUUUCAUACUCCACUUGCUGCUAGCAAUAAUGAUUACAUUUUUUGUAUGUGGAUUGGGAGGGGGAAUGUUUUUUCUAUAUUAUGCUUAUUUAUAUUUAUACGUCCGACUGGGAUAGCUCAGAGCUAUCCUAGAUCAUUUUAAAAUAAUAAUAAUAAUAUUUUUGUUGUUGUUACAUUAAGCUCCUGAUCUGGAAUCUUAGGACGUCCAAGAUUUCCAGUGAAAUCAAACAGAUGUGCAGAGAAAUACCAGAACAAAUAUUUGCUAUUUAUAUUCACUGAACUCCAGAAUGUUGUACAUAUUUAUUAACUUGAAUGGCCGCAGUUUGAGAUUAAGGGUAGAAACAGAUGACCUGCUUGCUGAGAAGUCAGCACCACAGCAUCCCAUAUGGUGAAUCUGUGGGGUGGGGUGGAGAACAAGGGUGUCAUUUCCUGGGGGCAGCUGCUCUUCCACUCGCUCCCCCAACUUAGUUCUUACGCAGAUGCUCAAAAGAGUGUUUGAGGGCACCAACUGAGCAGGGCAAGGCUAGCCUGACUGGUGCACUGCAAAUGACUUGAAGUGCCGUAUUUUUCACUCCAUAAGACGCACCUGACCAUAAGACGCACCUAGUUUUUAGAGGAGGAAAACAAGAAAAAAAUAUAUACUGAA